UUGUACAUAAUAAAUAAAAACAUUCAUUUCAUCUUCAUCAAUUAAACAAUUAUUUACUUUGGAAAUAAAUUAUCCCACCUUUUAUCUUCGCGAUUCUGAGUUUUUGUUCAUCACAUUUUAAUAUUAUUCAAUAAAUUAUAUGUAUCUUUAAAAAUGUAAAAACGUAUACAUUUUUAAGUAUAUCAAUAACAACUAAUUAUAUCCCGUAUUAAUAAUUAAAAUAAUUUCGACAUAAAAAAUACUGUUUUAAUAUAAUCGGCAUGUAAAAUACAAUGUUUUUGUUUUAGUAAACAUUGCCUCGACUUGGCGAAUUUAUUUUUAUGAGACUUGCUAAACGUGAUUUGGUUCGUAAAUUUCACGUUUCGUAACACGCAACGUUAAAAUAUGAUCGUAUCUUCGUCAAUUAACUUUCAAGUAGUUUCUCUCUUACAAGAAUAUAUUUUCCUUAAUGUGUUGUAUAUCCAAUUGUGAUACGCGUGUACUGUACAAUUAUUAUGCCGAAUACCUGUACUUAACGUGUUUGUUAUAGAAGCCUUGAACGACUCGCUGGCAGCCGAGACGAAGACUAUCAUCUUCAUUAUACGCCUACCUAGAAUAUCACGUUCUUAUCUUAAUUUUAUCCUUAACGUUCCGCAUCUCCCUUUCCCGGUGAUGACAUUCGUUAACCGGUGCCAUUCACUUUUCUUGCUUUACCACGCGUUCGACCAUUUCCAAAUGCGUAUGAUAAUUGUUAUUGCACUCUAACACGAACAGUAAAGAUCUCUCUAUUGACUGUGGAAUCUGAAAUUACAUUCUCCACCGCAAGAAACUGCAGCGCUUUUAUCAUUAUAAGAUAUAUUAAGAUAUACUAACAUCUUUUUAUCCUUUCUAGUUUUCUUCAUUGAAGCUGUACUCUUCUUUAUUUUAUAUCACGUGAAGCGAUACGGAAAUAACAAUUGGAUAACGCGAUUGUUUCAUCAAUGCUAGCAAUGAUAUGUUAUUUACUGCAAUUGUUAUUGUUAUGAAUGUUACAAUUAUCUUCAUUUUUAAGAAGUAAAAGUAUUAAUUAUAUUUGACACUUUGUGUGUGUCUUAAUUAAAGACACUUAAAUAUUUAAUUUAUCUUCCAAAAAAGGACAUUUCUCUAAUCCAUAAGUCGAUAAUUCAAUAAGUCGAUUAUAAUAGUCGAGAAUAAUUAUUCCCAGCAAACACAGAUUAUAACUGCAAUGUUGCAGCAGCAUUGUAACAUUUCAGCUAUAUUGCAGAAAUAUUACAAUGUUGCUGCAAUAUUGUAGUUAUAAUUUAUGUUUGCUGGGUUACAUUCCAUCGACUUCUAAUGUUAAUUUUAUAAAAAUAAAAUAUCAUCGACAUGAAAGACUCCGAGGUAACUCUAUCUGGCAGCGCAGACACGAUUGUGGUCCACCAUGUCGAAAAUUUCGGAAUAACUAAAGGGGCUGCAGAGGAGGUACCGUGCCCUCGUGGAUGGGAAAUAAACUAAGCAGUUCCUGCAUAAUUCAUGGAGAGGAAGAAGGGCUACCACGAGGGUUGCCUCGCGUUACCUUCGUUCCCCUAUCGUGCACGCUACCACAUGAAACUCCACCGGAGUAUCUGUACCGGAUCGAUCUUGUCGGUCUGGUGCAGUUAACCACGCCCACGCAGCGUGGCAGACCUCCGAUUGGCUAAAAAAUCUUGCCAGUGGGCGUAAUCUGCCAAAGGAGGCGUGCCAGCAAAGCUGUGCGUUUGUGCUUGCCGCGGAGGAUGGGUGACGCGGAGGAGGUAGACAUCAGCGCAGUCGGCAAUCUGCUCCUGCACGGAGACGCUCGUGAUACCUCUUCCUCUCGCUUCGUUGGUGUCUCCGAGGCGCGGCGCGAUUCCUGGCGAGCACCAGGUGAUAAACGAGAUCUAACGAGAUCAAACGCCGGUUUUCUCACGAGCGACGGAAUCUCGCGUCUUCCCACAAUGCGGUAGAACGCGCGAAGUGACUCGAUGACAACGCGAGGCAGGGGAGAAGGCCUGGAUGAGAAGAUAUAAGAAUAUAAUGAUCUGGAGAAGCUGAAGACAGUAUAAUAACCAUCCGUGUGGACUACGGGCGGUGCACGAUGCUGGUACCGCCUGAUAUGAUUUCGUCCCACUCCAGGAUGGUCUAUCAGUUCAACAAGUACUUCGGCGAACGGGUGAUGACCAGGAAGAGUCAGGUGGCAAAGACCAUUCAGGAGGUGUGCCGAGUUGUGCAGGAUGUGCUGAAGGAGGUGGAGGUGCAAGAGCCGAGAUUCAUCUCGUCCCUGACGGAUUACAACGGCCGGUUCGACGGCCUCGACGUCAUCUCGCCGACGGAGUUCGAGAUCAUCAUCUAUCUAAAUCAGAUGGGCGUGUUGAACUUCGUGGAUGACGGCACCCUGCCGGGCUGCGCCGUGCUGAAGCUCAGCGACGGGCGCAAGAGAUCCAUGUCCCUCUGGGUGGAAUUCAUCACCGCGUCCGGCUAUCUGUCAGCCAGGAAGAUACGCUCAAGGUUCCAAACGUUGGUGGCGCAGGCCUGCGACAAGUGCACGUAUCGGGAUUCGGUGAAGAUGAUCGCCGACACGACCGAGGUGAAGCUGCGGAUACGCGAGCGAUACGUCGUGCAGAUCACGCCGGCUUUCAAGUGCGCCGGACUCUGGCCCAGGUCGGCCUCCCAUUGGCCGAUCGCGCAUAUACCCUGGCCGCACCCGAACAUCGUCGCCGAGGUGAAGGCGGAGGGUUUCGACAUGCUCUCGAAGGAAUGCAUAGGCUUACAGGGCAAGCAGUCCGCCAUGGAGGGCGACGCCUGGGCGUUGUCGUUUAUCGACGCGGAGAAUCGAUUGUUGCAAGGCGCAAGUAGGAAGCGCUGUCUUAGUAUACUGAAAACCCUCAGAGAUCGGCAUCUCGAUUUACCGGGAAAUCCGGUCACCAGCUAUCACAUGAAGACUCUACUGCUCUACGAGUGCGAGAAACACCCGCAUGAAGCGGAAUGGGACGAGGCUUGCCUGGCCGAGCGAAUAAACGGCAUCUUUCUGCAGCUAAUCUCCUGCCUGCAGUGCCGCAGAUGCCCGCAUUACUUCCUACCGAAUCUCGAUCUCUUCAAGGGGAAAUCGCCGAGCGGCCUGGAGAACGCCGCGAAACAGGUGUGGAGACUCACCAGGGAGUUGCUGACGAACAGUCGCGCGCUCGAGAAGCUGUAGUGACCCCGACGCUGCUGUGAUGCUGAUCGUCGUACGAUUCGUGAACUGAUCUCUCGCAAAUCUUGUCACACGUUCCUGUAAACUGCAGCGUCGACGACUUCGACGCGCGAGUAAGAUACGUCUAAUCAUACAAUGGCCGUGCAAGAAUUACUACGUGAGAAUCACCGUGGAGACCAGAGACUCUCUCUUUCUCUCUCUCUUUCUCUCAGGCUCGCGAAAGAAGAGACGUUUCUCCUGAUUGUCGUCAUCCAACGCACUGCCGAGUCAUCGGGAAGUCCGAUCUGCAUUUUCCCGGAUUGCGCAGAUCUGGAGGAUCACACAUGUUUUCGAUGAUGUUCCCCGAAGAUGUUUAGUGUGUGCCGAUAGCAAUCCUCGCGAGAUUAAUUACGCGCGCCUAUAUGUGAUGUUUGGUGAACACGUGAUCGACUCGCAAGACGAUCGAAUUAGUGCCAUAAAUAAUCUCUCCUCGACGUUAGAGACAGAUUUCGUUUCUACUCUGUCGGCGCGCGAAAUAUAAAGUAAAUAUAUUAUAGCCGCAGAGAGUUAUCAAAAUUCAGUUCGUUGCAAACGGCGGUUUGCAACACGCUGUGACGACGAGCGUGAAAAACAACCUUUAACCCUGUGGUACAGGAAUCUUAUUAUCGAGCGAAAAAAACGACUAUUCUCCGCGUUUAACUCUUUAAGAUCUUCAAAUCUGCGUCCGAUGGCUAUUUAAAGGUACAGUUUUCGAAAGUAACAACAACUAUUUCUUACGAUGUUCCUUCAUAACUUUCGAAUAUAAUACUUCUUACUUCGGAGCUCGUAAUCUUCGCGAAUCUUUGAGCCUAAGACCGCAAGCACUGCCAUAUCGACACUUAAAGAGUUGACGCGACUCGAUCAGAGUUUUAAUUAACAUUGAAUAAUAUGUUUUCUCUCAACAAGCUGACUGAUAUGUUCGUUCUGUAGUUUUUGUGAUCGCGACCACGAGUUAAAGGGUUCUCUCUUCGCCGCCAAUGUAAAUAAAACUUGAAAGAUAUUUAUUGAACUGUAACGAAAAUGUGAAAUAUAAUGCUAUUUAUAUGGAAGCCUGGUCGCGUCGGUUGAUGACACAUCACGCACACCCACUUUCCUUACCCCCACAAAAUGUGCCCGCCCGAAAAAUCGGCCCGUAAAUAUCGCCCGUACCCCGGUUGAUA